CUGCGCAUUCGCCCUGCCGUGCCUGCGCUGCUGCUGGUGAGACCUGACGGGGCCGUGGGGAAGUGCAAGUGCCGCAGCGUCUCAGGCCCAGGGCUGCCCGUUGGCUGCCCAGCUUCGGCCAGUUCAACAAGUACAUAGAGAAGCUCUUCAACAGCAGGUGGGCAGAGAGGAAGGGAGGGGGAGGGGAGGAAACAGACACCACCUGCCCCCGCUACCCAACCCUACCCCACCCCACUCCCUGCGCAUCGCAGCCCGGAACCGGGCUCGCAGAGCAGCCGCAUGGCCUCUGCAAAGACGUGUUCCCCAGCAUGAAGUCCAAGAACGCUAAGAACUCUAAUGACGCGAACAACCCUAAGAAUACUCCACCAGCAAACGCUACGAAACCCCUAUCAGCGAACGCCACGAAACUCCCCCGACAGAACACCACGAACCCGCCACCCCGGAACGCCGCGAAACCCCGACCAGCAGCCUCCUCCCGGGGCCCCAGGCGCUCCCAGGCCAGGAAAAGAGGAGAGAGACAAGGUCACUCCCUCCCAGUCGCAGACACAUCAGCCCAUCCCCACCUAUUCAGGAUGCCUGAGAAGGGCGAGGAUUGGCAAGGGCCACUGGGACCCCUUGCCAGUGCAGGCCUCCCCGGGCAGGAUCAUGGUCCUCACCCUCCCAGAGCUGGAGUGUGCAAUCCACUGACUGGGCUCCUGGAGGUGGCCGGAGAGCUCAGCCAAUGCAGCCUCCUCCCUGGAAGGCCGAAUUCCUCCUGCAGCCUCCCCUCCUGCGACUACUUAAAUAGCUCUUACCUCCAGGAGUUCACUACCUCUCAGGGCAAGUCCUUUCCAGUUUUCUGGUUCUUCAAAGAUGAAACUUAUAGUCAAGGAAAGCCUGCCUUCCGGAGCCCAUCCCUCUGCUCGUCUGUCCACCAUGCUUUAUGGAAGCCUCUGGUUGGCUGCAAGUCUGCCCUGCAGAAGCUCCCGUCUGCUAGCACUUUUCUGGGUUAAGGGCCAUGCUAAAUGUUUUACAUGCAUUAUCUCAUGUCCUGCUCACUACAACCCUAUCAUUCAGGUUAUGUCCUGGCCCCAAAGCACACAGGGAACGUGGCACAUCCUGGAUUCUAACCCAGGUUCAUCUGACUCUAAAGCCAAUGCUGUAUCCCUGUAUUAGAUUGCCAUCUGCUGUCGGACCUUGGACAAGCUGCUGGACCUCUCUGAGCCUCGGUUUCCUCCUCUGUAGAGCGAGGAUAACAGUUUCUCCCCCCUCACAGAGAGGGUUAAAUGUCCCUGGCACACAGAGGCUCCUUUUCCCAACAACCUCACGUGACACCAUCUCCAGACCCCUCCCCACCAUGUCCCCCUCCUCUGGCCGUGCUUCUGCUGGGCACCGUGCCGUGAGGAGGCGCCCUUCGACCGAACACGCACAGUGACACACCUCUGACUGCCCAGAGGAGGGCAGCUCCGAUGCCACAGGUGUAGGCGGUGACUGUCUUAACCCCAGUCAUUCCUCGGGGCUGGGCUGUCGCGCCUGCCCCCAUGCCAAGGACACUUUAGUAUAAAUGAGCACUUCACCUACUGCCUAGGCUAUAGGAAAGCAUUCAUGGGGGUGCAUUUGGGGGCAGGGCUGCCAUCAAGCCAAUGAUCAGGAGGGUCUAGGGAUGCUGAAACGGGAUGAUUCAAGCUUCACUGACUUGCUGAAUGAACUUGGGGGAGUCCCUGCCUCCCCUUGGGCCGCAAUUUGCCCCUCUGUGAAGUGGAGAGGUUGAGCUGGAUGGCUCUGAUGACCCUACGGACGUUCUGGAUCAUUCAUAACACCCUUGUUUCCCUUCUCCUCCCCCUUGCCUCCCCCUUUCUUCCUGUGCAUUUGGCCUGCUCCUGCCC